ACGAGCCAAAAAUUGCAAGCCUGAGCCAAGGGCUCACAGACAACCAAACGCGCGCUUAAUUUCUCUAGCUGCAGCGGAUACCUGACUCUCCCCUGUAUAAAUAUGUCGCCUUUACUCACUCUUCCCCACCAGAUCACCGCAAGUGAGCGUAUGUGAAACAUAAGAGCGCGCUAUAUAUCCAGCAGCUCGCAGCCAUCGCUACUCUUCUACAGGUUGACUUGAAGUCUCGGUCGAUCGGAUCGAAGAGGAUGGCCGUGGUUGCGACGAUGGUGGUGGUGAAAUGCAACCCCAAGCUGUUAGCUGCAACAGUGAACCUGUCGGGGCCGGGCGCUGCGGCUGCGGUAAGAGUGGCGUGCUGCGGCAUCGGCCAUUUUACGGGGACCAACCACGGCAUCCCGGCCGUGGUGGCCAACGCGAUAGAGGCCGGUCCUGGUACAAUUGCAUUCUUCGCACUUCCGAAGGACCUCACUCCUUGCACGCUCCUGGAGACCGUCCCGUCGGAGGAGGACAGGGCGGGUGCGGCCUCGCUCCUCUUCUUUAUCAUCUCCUUUGAGCGCUUCCUCAAGGGGGCUGGGCCGGGACCGGAGCACCGGGAGAUGCGCUUUGGCUGCUUCGCCAAGCUAUCAGGUGGCGGCUUCCCCCUCGAGCACUGGACCGACGUCGGCAUCCGCACCACCUUUGGCUCGGCCGUCAAAGUCUGCUGCAUCAACAUGGCUUGCCUCUCCGGAUUUGACUACUUUACGGUCGGCGUGAUGGUGAAGCUGCAGAACGCGUUUGACGUGCCCUGGGCUCUCCUCCUCCGCUUAUUCUCCGGCGAUGUGGCCAUGCCUAUCGGUGUUAUUCCGACGUACACCGUCGAGGAGGACGGUUUGUCCGUCUCUUCUGAGCUCUUUGCCGACUCGGUGAGUCCGGGAGUAAGGGCUGAUGUCCUUGUAGGGAUUGACAGGCCUCCCCCUACUCAGUCGGAUGUGGAUUGCGAGAGGAUGCUGGCUAGGAUGGAGUGGCCUAUUGGCAUCAGCGGGCGUCGUCUGUCUUUCACGCCCCAACCGCAGGCCGCCUCUGGUGAGGCUUCUUCUUCCUCUGUGGCCGGCCUGGGGCUGGGAGGCGAAGAGCAUGAAUAGCAUGGCCGUCUUGGUCGACAAGCAUGCUGGAUAACAUGUUGCUGCUGAUGCCAUUAUCGAUGCCCCCUUUGCCCUUGGCCACAUAGGUGAUGGGCGUUGUCGUCCCUUAUUAGUGUGUCUAAUUUAUUAUUGUGCCGAGCUUCUAUCUCGUCUGGAUUGUACCUUCACGCGUCCCGCCCUUUCCAUCAUAGUAUUGUUUUGCGUUUAAUCUUGCUCCCGGUGGACCUUAAUUAUCGCAACAUUAAGCUGCCUUGUAACAAUGAUAUGAUUCCCUCACUAUAGUCAAUAUUAAGCUCCAUUUGUGCUA